UCUUUACUGUAGACUGUAAGUAAUAACCGGUACACAGGAAGAACAUGUAACGACGACUCACACUGUUAGAGCCUCAGGAGGGACGCGCUGGUGCAGUGAUAAUGGGAAAGAUACACUGUAAACUCCCAGUGGAAUACAUCUUCACCUGUGCGUGCUAAUACCUCACCAACCCAGACCAAAUGUGUGCACACGCACACACAUGCAAAGACAGACGAUACGCUUGAAGAUAAUGUCAGAGCUGUUCGAGUGCUGUAUCUGUCUGGACGGGUUCACCAGUCCUGCGUCCCUUCCCUGUGGACACCGCUUCUGCCUGGGAUGUAUAGGUGAAUUCUGGAGGAUUCAUGGGGCCUGUCAGUGCCCCCUCUGCAAAGCCCUUUUCCCAAUCAGGCCACAGCUCAAAACCGACCAAACUCUACAUUCCCCGAGUGGGGACGCAACUGUGCCUUUCAAAUCUGGAGAGGUUCCCUGCGAUUUCUGCCCAGCCAAGUACAGAGCCGUCAAAUCCUGCCUGGAAUGCAUGGCAUCAUUUUGUGCCACUCACCUGGAGCCACAUUACCAGGACGAACAUCUCGGGCGCCAUCUUCUGAUCAGCGUGCUGAAGAACCUGGAGGACUCUGUUUGUGGAGCGCAUGGAAAGCAGCUGAGUCGGUUCUGUCGGAGUGAUCGAACAUGUAUCUGUGCCAUGUGUGCCCAGACAGAACACAGGGGCCAUCACAUUGUUUCUAUUAACAAGGAAGUUACAAAGAAGAAGAUUAAACUAAAAUGGAGGAAGAUCAAACUUCAGCAAGCCAUUGAAGAGAAAAUAAGCAAAGUUGAGAAAAUCAAGCUGGCAGACCUCGGUGAGGAAAAUCGAAAGGAGGUGUGGGCGCAAAAUGAAGAGCUCGUCGGGCAGCUCGAGGAGGAAAUCGCUCAACUGCAGAGGAGAAACACUGAGCUAGAGCAGCUCUCACAGACAGAAGACAGCAUCCACUUCCUGCAGAGAUUUCUACACAGAACGUCAACCUAAUUCGACUACCGCGUUCAUCUGGUGGUUUAUCUUCAAGAGCACUGGAACAAAAGGACCGCCAUGCUUUUCAAAACCGGCGAUAGGCUUUCCAGGCAAAUUAUUGGAACAAGUGGUUAACAUUGUAAAAAAAGCUGGCAUUAGCUUAAUUUUAUGCUAACUUUGUAAGGAUUCCCUUUUGAAUUGAGUAAAACCACUCGUUUACCAGGAAGUAACCUUUCAGUGCCAAGCAAAACAUGCGAGCCACAACACACUGGUAGAAAGCCAAAUUGUAACUUUCACAUAUCAGUUCACACAAACAUUUUUGCUUAUCAUUGCCUGCAUAUAUGAUAGAGCCAAUCAGCUGUUUGCCAGGGAGUCCAGUUCUUGUGCUAUCUAAGCUAACUAGUUGCUGGCAGCCUUCUGUUUAGCAGAGAGAUAAGACAGUGGCCCGACUUCAUCACACACACACACAAACAGAAAGCUGUUUUUCAAAAUGAA